CAGAGUUUGCGAGAAGGACGCGAGUGGGCAGCUCAGCCAUGUUUUCUAGUUGUGCGUGUUGUAGCAAGCAGACGUCAGCCACAACAUGGCUUGUUGUCACUGCCUGCCUUUUUCUUCUCGUAAACGUAUCGCAAUCCAGAAUAUGUACACGUAUGACAGCCGAAAAGCACUUCAAAGUGGAAAAAAUAAAAACAACCUGUGUCCAGACAUUUGAGGCAAAAUGUGGUUGGUUCUCACUUAGCACAUGUACUUAUAAUGAAACCGUAGACUGCAUUAAGGAAGAAAACAGAACAACGACAAUAUAUAGAAUUGCAGAGGACUGUUGUCCAGGCUAUUCUCGCAGUUUAGAAGGGAAAUGCAUUCCGGAGUCAGAUAUUGAGCAAAAAGACAGAAUCACAACAGAGAAUGUCAAUGAACAAGAAAGUGCAGAACAUACAACUUUGCAGAAUGACAUACAUGGUUUUACGACAGGAGAUUCCAGAGCCCAUAGCAGCUUAGAUGAUGGUAGGCGAGACGAUGGCAAAAUAUACCUUGGACUGUCACAUGGAGCAUAUGCUGGUAUAGUGUGUGGGGUUCUCUUUGUGGCCUGUAUAACUCUUUUGACUGUGAUGCAUUAUCACAAAAGGAAGAAGCGGCAGAAAAAAUCAGACAGUGCUAUGUCUCAGUUGAAUGCAGCACAGACUCAGCAAAUGUUAUCUAUGGCAAAACUGGACAGUUCUGUUGACACCUGAUAAGUUCACCCUUACAAAUGGUCUCUCUCUGUAAAUAUGAUCUUCAGUUUUAUGUUCUGUCAGUUUUUCUGGUUUGCUGAGAACUAAAGAACAUAGAAGCUUAUGUCCAGUGUGCAUCACUUUUUAAUGGGACACCGUUCAUUUGCUCUUACCAAUUUCCACUCUUACAGUUUGUUGGAAUUCACAAUGACUUGUUAUUUUAAGCAUUAGUGUUGCUUUAUUUCUGUUUGUCUGAAAACACAUUGUGAUAUAUUUAUCUUCUGGCUUUACCAAUUAUGGAUAAAAAUACUGCAUUUUAAAUUUGCUACUUUUGUGCUUCCCUCUGAAAUAAGAUUUAGUUCUUUUAACAGAGGCCUUAUAUUAAAUUUUUAAAAAAUUAUUUGCUGUCAUGUAUGGCUUUUAUAUAUAAGGGCAUUUAGUUGUAGGGCCAAUAAUUCUGUUUUAUUAGGUGUUGAUCCAAAUUUGUGAAGAAUAUUGAUAUUCCAGCUGAGCAUUGAUUGAGAAGUGGCAUUUUCCUUAAGUCCCUUUGUUCCCUUACCUUUAACCCCACCACCACCACCACCAAUAUCUACUUUUGUUAAAUUUGAUGAUUUAAUUAGGAAUCAGGGCAACAUGAGUCAAUCAUGAAAAACUGUUUAAUAGAAAAUUGAUGUAUAUUUGACCUAUAAUAUUUUAAGGACUUAUACAUAUUUAACAGCCCUGCUCAUCUUUUUUUUUUUUUUAAAAAAAAAGGUCACAAAAUCAAAUACAAUUUUUGCAAAUGUAUGUUGUGUGGCACCCCCAACUCAAGUGGGGGAGAGGGAGAGGUCUUAGGAAGACAGUUGAAUAAAUAGGCAAGACUGUUGCUUCCAGAAAUAAACUGUAUUGUAAGCUACUUUUUAUGACUUAUAGCAUUUCUCAACCAAUAAAGAUGCUACCAACUUCUGUAGGCAGUGUUUGCCUCUUGACUAGAAUAACUUUAUUUCACUGGGGGCCUUACAUGUUUUGUCAACUGUUAAGUGUCAAUACUCAAUGGGCAAAACGCAAUGGAACAUGAGAAUGAAUAGAGUGACCUUAUUUAUGCGAUACUCUUACACUCUUGCAAAAGGAAGACAAGUUCACUCAGCGUCUGUAAUACAUUCAAAUGUGUUGCUGUAAUUAGGUAUGACAAAAAUAAACUAGUUUUAUUAGAUGAUUAAAUGCACAAUUCUGGCUGCUAUGGCCACAGCAAGGAGUGAGUUGACAUCAUGUCUACCUUGGAUCAAGACCAGGAUUCCGGGAUUUUUAUGAUUAAAAAAUAACCUUAAAAAUUAAUUUAUAGGAUGUUUUUUUUAUUUUGUCUACCUUUUGUUUAGAAUUUUGGGGGUAGGGGGAGGGCAUAAAUCUUGAAAAACUGAUUGAAAAAGACAGAAUAUGAGAUAAUAUGAUCACACACUUUGAACAUCAUUUUUUUUCUGUAAAAAAAUCUUAACAAGAAGCCAAUGCUGUUUCAAAUUGUCAACACUCCCACCACCACCACCUCAGUAACAAUAUCUUUUUUUCCCCUUAAAUUUCACAUGUGUGCAUAAAUAAGGUCUUUCUAUUCUGUAAAAUGCUUUGUUAAGGGCAUGAAGAUUUUCGUACAAUUUGGAUGUUUGUACAUGUAUCUAGGGGGCCUACUACCCCAUGGUUGUGUGCAUUAUUGUACAUUCACCUUGAUUAGCAGCUAUAUGUUCAUGAAUGUGUGUAUGGAUAUGUAUACAUAAUAUGUGCAGGUCUACAUAUUUGCACAAAUGAAAGGUAAAAUUUUGAAGAUAUUGAUGUUCACAGUUUAUGUAAUUUGUCAAACCUACAUUGUCACUAAUCUUCACCCUUCACUCAUAUUCUAGUAAUUGAUAUAUGCAUCCAUGUGAUCCAUUUGGUAGUCCAACAGCAUUUUAUAGUAAUUAAAUGUUUUAUCUAUUGGCACCAAUCAUGUAUCUUUGAAGAGACAUUUCUUAGAAAUUAAGAGUAUUAGUCUGUUUGGUUUCUUACAUGUUUUUGCUCAGGAUGACACAGAGGGCUUUGUUCAUUGAAAAGCUGAUUACAGUAGAAAUACUAAACAUCUACUGUAAUUUCUUUGCCAGAUGAAGAAUGUAUGUGGACUGGUGGGAUAUUGGGGGUGUGUGUUUGUGAUGUGUGCAUGAUUUGCAGGUUUAAGUAACAAUUUGCUUGGUUAUUUGUGUGACUAGCUAAGAUACACAUACAUUUGAAUAGCUAAGUAUGAUGAUAUGCAUACAUGUGAAUCCAAGUCUUAAGCUGCUGUUUUCUUUCAAAAGCACAUGUUUUAUUAAUAGUUAAAAUUGUUUCUGCUUUUUCCUUCAUUGAAUAUUAGUGGUUGACUGCUGUUUUUUUUUUGUUUUUUUUUUACAGUGUUCAUUUUGAGUUUCGUUUUAGCAAAAUUUAGUUGCAGAAAAAUUAUAAAUUCCUACAGCCAGUUAAUCCUUGUAAAAUAAACAUUGCUUUUCAUUAACUCAUCUAACUCUAGAUUCAAAAUGACAAGUAAGGAGUGUAGUUUCAACAGUGUAACAGUUUAUAGACACCAGGAAGAAUGUGAAUGGGAACAAGCCUGCUGUGAACUUUGCCCUUUGUGUACACUUAGGGCUGACAGAUAUUUUUAACCCUUCAGAACAGGAUUCCUUUUUGUGGUAAUUGGAAGAACUUGGCAUGGAUUUUCGUCUGUUUGAAAUCGGUGCUGAGGGUAUUAAAUGUGUGGUACAUGACAAAAAAUUUUGAUUUUCAUUAUGCUUUAUUGCAAUUUUAGACUGUAAAAUUGUUAGACAUGAGCAGCAUAGCAGCAAGAUGGUGUGAUGGUGUAUGUUAAUAUAUGACUUUAUUGCAGUUUUAGACUUUAGAAAUAUUUAGACCUGAGUAGUAGCCAUGAGUUGACAUAUUGCUGUGAAGUUUUGGAGUUGCAGGUUUCCUUGUGAAAAGAAGUGUCAUUGUUUUUUAGUUUUGAAAAGAAAGAGUAAAAAACAGAGAAUAUUGCUAAGUAGACAUUGCAUCAUUUCAGUUUUAGACCUAAAAGACAUAAUUUUCUAUUUUUAAAUGAUCAAAACUUUGAUAAAAUGUUUAAAAAUGGUGACCACAGCUAAUUUUUAGUGUUCAAUCACUAAUUGAUGGAUCAGACUCUGAGCUCUAAUUUGCAUGCAGAUGUGCCAAGCCAUUAAAUUGUAUAGUUAAAAUAA